UGCCUCUUGGCCAAACGCUGAAAUGCGAUAAUAUACAUCAUAUUGUUACAACACUUGAAACUAUACUCGGAUACUCGGGAUACUCCUAUGGAUCACCUAUAAGUAUUUAUUGACUAUACUUUUACUUUAUAGAACAUUAAUAUCAAUUGUCCAUUUGAUUCAACCAGUUUGGAUUUCAUGUGCUGAAAACAAAUUUUCUUAAGUGAUUCAACGACCAUAAAUAAAGCUCAUCAGAAUUUGCCCAUUAUAUAUUAUAUAAACUAAAAUUUGUCAACAUGCAGUCUUAUUGUACGGUGUUUGCGUUGAUAAUUAGCAUUUCGUUUGCGUUUGCAGACAAUUUAUCAGCAAAUAAUUGGUCGUCUGAUGAUGACACGUUACCGGAAGUGCUACCAAAAAAAAUGCGUGACAAAAAUGAUGAAGAAAUUCAAAAAGCAGUUUUUCAGGCAUAUGAAAACCAGCUUAAAGUGAUUUCUGAAUACUCUGGGCACAUGUUGGAUCCAGAAUCUCCAUACGGAUACUUUAAAGACGAAAUGCCGAUUUCGAAUGUGAGGACUUCUAAUCCACAGUCUGAUCUUAUAUUUUACAAUAAUGCCAUUAGAGGGUUUAUUGGACAUAAUAAAAACAGUAUUAUCAUUAAAUGGGUUCCGAAUCAGGUCGUUACUGAAUUAGGAUGGAAAGAACUGAGCGUUAGAGGAAGAUACACUUUCAUGAAUUCUUCRUAUUUUGAUCAAGGAAAGUACCAUAUCCAAUUACAAGACAUUAAGUAUCUGGCAAGUACUACGCUUUCAGAAAACACCGAAUCAUACCCAUCGACAGUACCAAAAUCUAGCAUUUCAUAUAAAAAUGUAAAGGUAUCAUUCACAGGUGGUUUACCAGAAGUAUUAAAGAUUAGUGAUUUUUCUAAUGUAAAACAUUUCGUUGAAGAUAUUGUUUUCCAACAAGUAGCUGAUCGCGUGGUUAGAGACACGCAUAACAACAUCACUGUGGCUAUACGACAGGUCAUAAAACCGUACAUCAUAAUCAAGAACGACACCGUUCAAAACUUUCCCGGUACAAACGGAAAGCUACCUARCAACAGCGUAGGGUAUAGCAUCAGCAACACUGUCAUUAGUGGACUCGCUAAUGCGGAACGUAAAUUGAAAAAGGUCACCGCGAAAAUGGCCACCAACACGGUUACAGUUGAUUUACGUACAACAAUCCAUAGCUUAGACGGUACAUUUGACUUUAAACUCGAGGAGAGUAAGCCUACCGUCGGCAAAGCUACGUUCACCAUCAGCAGAAUCGAUAUCAGCAUAUCGUUCAAUAUACUUAAGCCCGUCGAAUGCAAAUCCGAAGUCGUAGUGAACCAGCCAAAUGUUAAGUACGGUACAAAGUUGUCGAACGAUAUUGAAAAAACAUUGACGAACGCAUUUAUUGACAAUGUUAAAAUUCAAUUGACCACGAAUGUCUGCAAGACUAUAGGCCAGAUGAUUAAGCCUGGAAAAUAAAAAAAACAUCUAUUUAAUUUAUUCUCUAACUUUCAUAGAGUUUAUUUUUAAUGUAAACCUUUUUUAAA